GCUUCGCUGCGCUGCGCUGCUCUUCACUUUGGGUUCCGAUUCGAGAGAGCAAAGGGCAUGGCGGCGAUGGUGGCGGGUGCGUUGAGGAGGGGGACGGCGACCGGCGCCCGCGCGGGGUUCUUCGCCCGAUCGCUCCGUAGAUUCGUGAGCACACUGGUCGUAGCGGAGCACGAAGGCGGAUUCGUGAAGCCCUCGUCCCUGAGCGCAUUGGCGGCAGCGGAGGCCAUUGGCAAGGAGAAUAGGGUUUCUCUUCUGUUGGGCGGAUCCGGGCGGGCGCUGCACAAGGCUGCGGAGCAUGCUGCUUCCAGCCAUCCAUUGGUCUCCGAGGUUCUUGUUGCUGAUUCAGAUGCCUUUGCACAUCCAUUAGCUGAGCCUUGGGCCGAGUUACUUCGUUCUGUUCAGCAGAAAGGUGGCUACUCCCAUGUUAUAGCGGCAUCAACCUCAUUCGGGAAGAAUUUGCUUCCACGUGCUGCUGCUCUUCUUGAUGUAUCCCCUGUUACGGAUGUCACUGCAAUAUCCGAGGGACGCUUCUUUGUGAGGCCUAUUUAUGCUGGAAAUGCACUUUGUACUAUGCGAUAUACUGGAGAGGAUCCUUGUAUGAUGAGCAUUAGGUCAACAUCAUUUUCCCCAACAGAGGCUAUGUCAGAAACAAAAGUUGCACCUAUCUCCCAGGUUGAUCUCUCUUUCCUCAGUGAAGGAAGCUUGGGGAAAUCUGCAUGGGUGAAUCUGAAAUCCCAAGAUACAGAACGGCCUGAUCUUGCAAAUGCAAGUGUAGUAGUAACUGGAGGCAGAGGUUUGAAAAGUGCUGAGAAUUUCAAGUUAUUGGAGCAGCUUGCAGAGAAACUUGGGGCAGCAGUGGGUGCGACCAGAGCCGCUGUUGAUGCAGGAUUUGUUCCAAAUGAACUUCAGGUUGGUCAGACUGGGAAAAUAGUUGCGCCUGAGCUGUAUAUGGCUUUUGGAGUAUCUGGAGCAAUACAACACUUGGCGGGAAUGAGAGACUCCAAGGUUAUCGUGGCUGUCAACAAAGACGCAGACGCACCCAUAUUCCAGGUUGCGGACUACGGAAUUGUUGCUGAUCUAUUCGAAGUUCUUGACGAACUUCUACAGAAGCUACCUGACAAGAAAUGAGUGUGCUAACUUGAUAAUCCGUGUCCAUGUCAUAUUCGUUGGUAUUAUGUUGUUAAUAAGAUGAAGCAUCCUCGUAAUGUUAUCCCGCCAAAAGAGGAAAGGUUCAUAUGCUCACACAGGCACGAAUAAAUGAGCACAAUGCGUACUGUCGUUUUCUGUAGA